AUGUAGUAAUAAGUUGAAGAAGAAGAAGUAUUUUAUGAUGAAGAAUUCAUUCUUAUCUUGCAAAAAGUUAUAAUUGAAUGUGAUGGAUUUGAUGAAUUAAAGAAUUACAUUUCAAUAAACAAGCCAUCUUUUAAUGUAUUUAAAUCUAAUAUAAUUAGUUAAUUAAAACUUAAUUUUAAAAGGUUUUAAACUAAAACAAUAAAGAAAACUUUGAGUAAAAUUUACAAAAGAUAUUUGAACAAUUACUACAAAAGAAUAUUUAAAGAGUAUUUAUUAGAGUCUUAUUUUAAUAUUUGAAAGAUAAUAAAGAUUAAAUGAAUUUAAAAUAGCUUUAAAAUUCUGGAAUUGCUAAAAAUUGGAAGAAUUUAUAAGUUUAAGAGUUGUAAGAAUUUAUUGAACUUUUUGAAUUAAAAGCUUAAAUAACUGAAAAAAAGUAUAAUAAAUAAUUUUAUUUAGUUUGCUUUAACACUUUUAAGAUUUAGUAAAUAAAAAGAAAUUUUAGGAUGCUUUCUAAUUUUAUAAAGCAUUACAAUUACCAUAAUAAUGUUUUGAUAAUUUGAUAGAUUAAAUGGGAAAUAAUCAUGAUGCUGGUAGAGCAGCAGAAUUUAUAAUUAAAUAAGAUUUUAAUCCUGCCAAUUAUCCAAAAAUAGUUGAAAGACUUGAAAAGAGUUGCACAAGAUAUUUAUAUUCGGAAUAUCCAUGGUUUAAAUGUGAAGAAAUGCUUAUGUUUUCAUAAUCAUUAUUAGUAUAUUAUUGUGAAGAUGCAUUUUUUCAUGAUAUGAAAAGAGAAGCACUUUCUAUUAUAAAAAGAAAUAAUUUAAUAAAUUAAAUAUAGAAACCUAAUUUAAAAGAAUAAAUGGAAAAAGAUUUGGAAAUAGGAUUUGAAGAGAUUCCAAAUAUAUUAUUUUUAAAGGAUGAAUUUAAACCUGUUGAAGAAUUUAUAAAUAAUGAAAUUGGUGUUUAUUUACACUGCAAAGAUUUUGGAUAUUCUGAAAAUCAUAUUAUAUUUAUUGAUAAAAUUGAUCAGAAUUAUAAUGAUGCAUGGAAAUGUAUUAAUUCUAGUAAUGCUAUUGGUAUUAUUUAUUUUUAUUCAAUAGGUUAUGAUUGUGAACAUAUAACACCUUGGACUAAAUUAGAUUAUUAAGGAUUUAAAGUAUGUUUAGUAUAGAUUGCUACAUUUAAUCAUGCUUUUUUGUUUGAUUAUUAAAAACUAAAAGAAUUUUAAUAAUUUAAAAAUGAUAUGUCAUAAUUAUUAGAGAAUGUUGAAAUAUUAAAGAUUGGAUUGAGUUUGAAAGAUGAUUUGAAACAUACUGUAAACUAUUUGAAAUUGAAUAAUAUAAUUAUUAGAUCAAUUAUAGAAUUGUCAACUUGUUUCAAAGUAUUAGAAGGGGAUCCUAAACUUAGAUCCUUAGCAUAUAUAUCAGAAUUCUAUUUUAAAAAGAAAUUGAGUAAAUAUGAUACUUGUAGUAAUUGGGAAUACAGACCUUUAAGAAAAGCCUAAAUUCAUUAUGCUGCUUUAGAUGCUAUAGCUUCUUUAUAGAUAUUUUAAAUUAUGAAAGAAAAGAAUAAUAAUAUCAUCGAAUAAGAGAAGGAUGUGUUAUCUAUUGGUUGA